CUGACGAUGAAAAUUGCAUCAACGACAUUCGAAUUUCAAAAGGAGGAAAAAAGCAGUGUACGGGGACAGAAAACUCGAGCAUUUUUUUGGGAGAAGAAGAAAGGUAAGAAAGGGGGUUUACUCUGAGCGAGAGAGCGAGAGAGAGAAGGAGAUGGUGUGGGCUGUGAGUCAACAGCUUGCAAGAGGGAAGAGAACUAGGAUUUGGGGAGGAGCAUUCCUGUGUUGGCUUUGCCUCAUGUUGGCCACCCCCAAGAUCCCUCACUCUCCCAAACACCAUCUCUUUGUUGACAUGCGCAACUUUCUCGGAGUGCCUAACACUUUGAAUGUGAUUACAAAUUUCCCAUUUUUGGUUGUGGGUGUUCUGUGUUUUGUUCUCUGUCUCCAAGGAAACUUUUUUAACAUAAGUUUGCGAGGAGAGGUAUGGGGUUGGGCUCUAUUUUAUGCAGGAACAGCAGGGGUGGCUUUUGGGUCUGCUUAUUAUCAUUUGAAGCCCGAUGACGAUAGAGUAAUUUGGGACACCUUGCCGAUGAUGAUCGCGUAUUCCUCGCUUUACUCUAGUUUCGUAGCGGAAAGAGUGGGGGAGAGGAUUGGAUUAAGUUGUCUAUUUGCCCUCCUUUUAGUCGCUUUUCUUAGCACGGGUUACGAAAGAAAAUAUAAUGAUCUUCGGUUGUGCAUGGCGUUCCAGUUGAUUCCGUCGAUAGCCAUCCCAGGCAUGACGUGCUUGUUCCAACCCAAGUAUACUCACUCAAGAUAUUGGUUGUUUGCAGCAGGGGCACACAUUCUAGCCAAAUUUGAAGGUGUUGCUGACAGGAAAAUAUACCGAGCAAAUCGUUACUUUAUCAGUGGGCACUCCUUGGAGCAUUUAUGUUUAGCAAUGGUCCCUGUUCUGUUCAGUGUUAUGCUCAUGUAUAGAAGGAUGAAAUUUCAGAGAUUAGGCGAUUAUAAAGAGCGUCUGUGAAGAGUAGGAACAACCGGUGAAGGCACGUGUGGGGACAUUGGCUAGUUGAUGCCUAGGAGUUUUUAGUCAAGGAUUAGGUUAUUGGAGAGGUAGGUUUCCAUUGAAGGUAAUUCCUUGUAGUAAUCUGGUUAUCUUGGUGCCACUUUAAAUGGAUUCUCUCCAUUCCAAUAAUUGCAUGGAGGGAAGAAUCUACUGAGCAGAAAAGGUUAAGGAGACAUGGAGACAGUCAGGGGAGAACAAACUUGCAAUAUUUUGGAACUGUAUUUUGUUUGUUUGACAUGUAUGUUGUACUAAAUUCUACUUUGAUCUGCCAAUAAUAUUGAAUUCAAUUUUCCAAGCAUCCAAGGCAAUGAUGGGAAAGUUUCAUGCAUGUUUGGCACACAGGGUGCCUACAUGACAAACAUACACAUGCUUUCACAUGCAUUUUGUAGAUAAUUAUAGUCGCAUUACUAUUUUAAUAUCCAGAUUUAAUAUUUAAAGCAAAAACAAAAGCUGCAAUGUGUUAAUGUGAUUGCAUAUGGCUGCAGGAAGAUGCAUUUUUAAUUUCUCUUUCUCUGGGAUGUAUUUAUGAUUUACAUUAGAUUUUCUAAUCAGAAGCUUAAUUUUCUAA